UUUUUUUUUUUUUUUAAUUCCAGCAACGCCACAAUCAGCUACACGGUGGCGCCAGAGUCACACGAAUCAAAAGCUCAUCUUCAGUUUUGAGCGCGGGGCACCGAGCAACCUCUCACACACACCCAACAAACACAUCCAGAAAGUCCCCUGAACGCACCACCCCCUUCAUUCAGAUGCGACAUUUCUGCAGUGAGUGUGUUGACUGUGACAUGUGGGACUGUGCAGUCACACACACAGAUGCGCACACACACACAUGAGAGUUGUUAGAAUGAAAGGGCAGCUUUACCAUGCAUGAUCCUCUAUGACUGAGAGAGCCUCCUGUCCUUUUGGGGCAGUGGAGAAAAGAAAUGUCACUCUCCGCUAUAAAUAAUCCCUUAAACAUCAGUGUCGGCCGACACUCAGCCGCAGCACUGCUCAUUGUCAUCCCUCCAACCCCCCAGGGGGGCAGCGUGUGUCGGUCAGGUAUAUGCGUAUCAGGCGCAAUCCCAGAUAUCACCAUGAACGGACCCCAACCUGGCUGACAUCAUUGCGUCUGGCGAUAUAGAUAGAUCCGUAGUACCUCCUCCUUUCUCCUCCUCUCAUCCAUUUGGAGCAGCCCGUGUGUGUUUGUGUGUGUGUGUGUGUGUGUGUGUGUGUGUGUGUAGUCAGUGGCACUUAAUCACAGAGCGCACCAAGGCAGGAGGCGGACCGUCGGGCGUGAACGAAAUAGUAACGGUGAACCGAAGAGGCAGCAGUGUGCGGGACAACGCGGGGAGAGAGGAGCUUAUCCAGCGAGGACGUUUUUUGAGCCAGCAAAACCAAAUCUCGGUCGUUUCAUUCAGUUCUUUCUCCCUUUUUCCACUGGAAGUGUUGCAGGUUUUCUGUACCUCCGUCCCGACCCUCUUGUUUCGGUCGUUUCUCACUCGCGUCCGACUCGUUCGCCGCAGGUGCUUCGUUGGAGAUGUCCAAAAAAAGACCAGCCGAGCCGGAGUCCCGGGUGAAACAGCAAGCUGCUCUGGGCAACAUGACUCGCCUCCCCUGUUUCUCACCGGAAUUUGUAGAAUGAAGACGGCUUAAAAAAAAUAAAAAUUAAAAAAAUAAAAUAAAGUCUAAGCGCAAAGAUGUCGGUGCCUUUGCUGAAGAUCGGCGUCGUGCUCAGCACCAUGGCGAUGAUCACCAACUGGAUGUCGCAGACCCUCCCCUCUCUGGUGGGGCUCAAUACUACCAAGCUCACCGCGGCGCAGGGAGGGUAUCCAGACCGGAGUACCGGAGUGUUGCCAGCAAACCCAGAGGAAUCGUGGCAGGUGUACAGUUCAGCCCAAGAUAGUGAGGGAAGGUGUGUCUGCACUGUGGUGGCGCCCCAGCAGUCCAUGUGUUCACGGGAUGCCCGCACCAAACAACUGAGGCAGCUGUUAGAGAAGGUCCAGAACAUGACCCAGUCCAUCCAGGUGCUGGACCAGCGAACCCAGAGGGACCUGCAGUACGUGGAGAAGAUGGAGGUCCAGCUCCGCGGCCUGGAGACCAAGUUCAGGCAGGUGGAGGAGAACCACAAGCAGAACAUCGCCAAGCAAUACAAGGCCAUAAAAACGAAAAUGGAGGAGCUUAGACCGUUGAUACCAGUGUUGGAGGAGUACAAGGCCGAUGCCAAAUUGGUAUUGCAGUUUAAGGAGGAGGUCCAGAAUCUGACGUCAGUUCUAAACGAACUUCAGGAGGAGAUGGGGGCCUAUGACUACGAGGAGCUCCACAACAGAGUGUCAAAUCUUGAGGAGAGACUCCGAGCAUGCAUGCAAAAAUUAGCAUGCGGCAAACUGACGGGCAUCAGUGAUCCCAUCACCAUCAAGACGUCUGGAUCCAGGUUCGGCUCCUGGAUGACUGACCCUCUGGCACCUGAAGGAGAUACACGGGUCUGGUACAUGGAUGGUUACCACAACAACCGCUUUGUGCGGGAGUACAGGUCGAUGCAGGACUUUAUGACGUCAGACAACUUCACGUCCCACCGGCUGCCCCACCCGUGGUCAGGAACAGGUCAGGUGGUCUACAACGGCUCCAUCUACUUCAACAAAUUCCAGAGCCACGUCAUUAUCAAGUUCGACUUCCGCACCUCUUCUAUUAGCAAGUCCCGGCAGCUCGACUACGCUGGCUUCAAUAACGCAUAUCACUACGCCUGGGGUGGUCAUUCUGAUAUUGACCUGAUGGUGGACGAGGGAGGCCUGUGGGCUGUCUACGCCACCAAUCAGAACGCCGGCAAUAUUGUUAUCAGCAAGCUGAACCCCAACACGCUGCAGAUCAUCAAGAGCUGGACCACCAACCACCCCAAAAGGAGUGCUGGCGAGUCUUUUAUGAUCUGUGGCACGCUCUACGUCACCAAUGGCUACUCAGGAGGCACCAAGGUCUAUUACGCCUACUCCACCAACUCCUCUACGUAUGAGUACAUUGACAUUGCCUUUCAGAAUAAGUACUCACAUAUCUCCAUGCUGGACUACAACCCGCGUGACCGAGCCCUCUAUGCCUGGAACAAUGGCCACCAGGUCCUCUACAAUGUCACACUGUUCCACGUUAUCCGCUCGGAAGAACUGUAACCAGGGAAAAAGGAUUACAUACAUAAAUACAUAUUGUCUGUGUAGAGAUCUCCCUAUAUACAAAAAUAUAUCUGCGAAAGAAAAAAGACACUAUGGCAAUUUAUAAUAUCAAAUAACUUUUACUGAGAGACUGCAUCAACAGAGAAUGCAAAGUGGAUUGAAUGUGCAUACAUGAGACUGUAAAAAAAAAAUCUAAAAUUAAAGGGUUUCAUUCCAAAAUGUGGUAUAUUUGUUACAAUAAUAAAAAAAGAUGCAUUAUCAGUUAAUAUCACAAAAUCACAGAUGAUUGAACUGUUUUGUAAAUAAAGAUCUAAAAUAUGACUUUAAUAGUUCACCAUAGUAGACUUUAUUUUAAUAGCUGCCAUCUUUUUGUUAGAGGUAUUUUGAUUUUGGAAUGAAACUCUUUAAUUGUUUGCCGCAUAGAAAAAUGAUUGUAAAAGUAGACUUAUAUAUAAGAUUUAAAAAAGAAUAAGAACAGAUGCCAAAAAAACAUCACACCUUUUUUUUUUAUAUACAUAUAUAUAUAAUGGAUUAUCAACCUCAGCUCAUCCUGUGGCUCCGGUUCUUCUGCAGAAAAUCCUCCCAGCUGAACUUUUCUUUUGGUCGAUGGGGGUCCUAAAAACAAAGACUGUUGGUAAUGAACUGUUGGAUCCCCCAGGUCCCAUGGACAGACAGAAAGGUGGGAGGUCAGUCUAGUCAGAAGACUUGAUAGCCUAAUGGGUGCAGUCUGUCAUAUCGUUUUUAUCAAGUACAGUAGCAAAUCAAAAGUCUGUAGAGAAACAGCAAACAGCAUCCACUAAAAAAGACCUGAAGGCACUGACUGUUGACAGCGCUGUUGUUUGAGAUGAUUUUCCUGUGUUAGUAACUAUGUGUGAAAAAGGCUUUCUUUGCAUGAGUGUUUUUUAUCACUCCGGUCUGCUCUUUGAAUGUCUUUUGCUGUAUGAUACUAUUAAAAAAAAAAAAAAAAAAAAAAAAAAAAAAAAGUAGGGAGGGAGGGAGGGAGGGGUGGCGAGGUAGAUUACUUUCGGGAUUAGAGGAUUUGCAAAAAUAUUUACUUUCUUUUUCUGCUUCUUUGUAUUUAGUUCUUGUUUUGUUUAUUUCUAUUUUUUGCAGUCAUUUUACUUUUUCAAAUGUUCUUGUAUCACUGUAACUGUUGGCACCGGGUUUUUGCCUCUGCGUGGGAGGAAUCUAUCUAGCUCACAUCUCUCUGAAGAAAAAAAAAAACAACAAAACAAAACAAAAACAGAAUGUAUCAACUAUUGUAUCCUGGGAACCUGGUCCUCCUAUCUUCAAUUCACAUCAUGCGCCUGUAGUAGUAGGGAGAGUUUUCUUUUAGAGGAUAAUCCUGUCUCAUGUCAUGUCCCCCCCCACCCCCACUGCUAGUGAAGGAUAAUGCUGUUUAAAUGUAUACCCUCGUCGAGGACAAAAGCUUUUCACUCUUUUUGCGCUUUGCUGGACAUGUGUUGUAUCUGAGAUGAGAUAGUUAAUGAUUCGUGUCAAUAAAACAGAGAAAUCUGA